AUGGUUUGUUUGCAGAACAACACCGUUUGGAAGCCGGACUCAUGCCGAGAGUGUGGUUGCCAUGGUGACAUUGUCCUGUGUGAAGCUGUUGCAUGCAGAAACCCUCGCUGCAACUUUGAGAAGGAGGAAAUACUUCAAAUAUCCCCCAACGCUUGUUGCCCUAAGUGUGCCAAACGAACUGAAGGGUUUUGUGAGUAUGAAGGACGACUUCAAGAGGAUAACACUGAAUGGGCCAGUUCAGGAUGUACGACUUGCUCUUGUGCGAAUGGAGUGAUUACUUGUGCCCCCAGACGUUGCUCUGCUCUUUCUUGCGAGGGAAACGAAGUGGGACUUACUGGUCAAGGAGAAUGCUGUCCGAAGUGUUCCCCUGGGUUCACCAACAGAAUAGACUGUGCCUUAGUGUCUUCCCUGAAAGUGAAGGAUGUCCACUGA